AUGGGAGUAGUGCUGGGGCGCAUUCUGUGAGAUUCUCCCCCUUUUUUCCUCUGCUCGCUUCCUCUUUUAUUGUGAACUAUAAAUUUGUUAUCUUUUUUAGAUAUCUUCAUAUACUCGAUACACUGUAACACGAGCUUAUCAGAUCACAGGUCGGGCAUCACCUUCUCCAUAAUCCGGACGAGCCACCUCUAUUCCACAAGGCCAUCAUAGAAUCCGGCGCUGCAACCGCAAAAACUGUACUACCAUAUGAGAACUCUCUAUUAGAGCAACAAUUCCACGAUUUCCUCUCACAUCUCGGUCUCCAAAAUCUACCAACUGAAGAAAUACUAAGCAGUCUUCGUACUCUCCCAUUCUCACUUAUCAAAAGUGCUUCCGAAUAAAUCUACGCCAAAUACGAAUCUAGUCUUCGCUGGCCAUGGCAGCCAGUAAUUGAGGGCGAAGGGGGAAUCAUCACCCAAGCACCCAUCCAAGCCUGCAAAUCAGGAAAAUGGCAUCAAGUCCCCAUCAUGACGGGCUUCAACACCAACGAAGGAGCCAUCUUCAUCGAUCCUGGAAUCUCAACCUCUGAUCAAUUUACCAAGUUCUUCCGCGUCCUCCUUCCCAAUCUUUCCAUGGAGGAUCUACGCAUUCUAAACGAGACAUAUCCAGAUCCCACUACGGAUCCGUCAUCCCCAUACGUGGAAGCUAGAAAAGAAUUAGGUAAACAAUUCUUCUGUAUGGAACAGGCAUAUGGCCAUUUCGCAUACAUCUCGCCCGUCCGUCAACCCGCACAUUUCGCCGCAUCAUCAGGAUCUCCCGUCUGGCUAUAUCAAUUUGCCGCAACGAGUCGGAGGGAAGGAGGGGCAGACCAUUGUGAUCAUAACAACUUCGUUACCUACAACCGAGAAAUUCGGGAGUUCUCGCCGUCGAUAAGGGACAUUAGUGCGAAGAUGCAUAGUUAUUGGACGUCGUUUAUUACCACUGGGGAUCCUAAUGCUGAAGAGGGGUUGUGAAGGAGAGGGCUACGUGGCCGAAGUUUGGGGUUGGUGAUGUUGCGGAGGGGAAGUGGGGGAAGAUUGCUGUCUUUGGGGAGGGGAAUGAUGAGAUCGCUGGGGGUGGGGAGAGAGGGGUUGCGGUGAAGAUUGUGGAGGAUGUGUGGGUGAGAGAGGAGUGUGGGUUUUGGGAGAGGAGGACGGAGUUGUUUGAGAGUUGA